UUGGGGCGGUGAUUAAUGUAUUACAGGUUGGGGUUGGGGGGGAACGAUUGUUGAAAAACAGGCUGGGGUUUGGGGGGAUGAUUGAUGGAUUACAGGCCAAUGUUUGGGUGGAGGGCGUUGACGGUUUACAGACUAAUGUUUUGGGGCGGGAGGUUGAUGGAUUACAGGCCGAUGUUUCGGAGGGAGGGAGCUGAUGCCUAACAGAAUGAUGUUUUGAUAAUCUGUUUUUCUUGGUGGAAUCUUCCUGUGUGGCAGAUUGUCGUGUGCCGUCAAUUCUAGAGAAUUAUAAUUACCCCAUCUUUUACUAACUCAGCCAAAAGUCCCUAUGAUCAAGGCUAUUUAUAAAUACCUCAGUUUUGUUUGGGUUUUUAAACUGAGCAGGCCCUUCUGCUUGUACCUGGAGAAAAUGCUCGGAAUUUUAGUUCUGCACCGGAAGUUGCCUUUAAACAAUGCACCGCGGCCGGAACUACAGCUCCCAGAAUGCGGUGCGGGCGGACUGUCGGGAAUUGAGGCCGUGACUGGCUGAAGUCUCGGGCUGGAUCCCAAAUCCAUGGCCGACAGCGAGUUCCGGAGCCUGGACACUGUGCAGCGGCUCCUCCGUGGCUCCUAUUCCGCUUCCAACACUACCGUCCCACUAGCUACGGCUGGGCGCCCGGGUCCCGGGUCCCGAGGCUGCGAGAAUGGCGCCUUGAUGGGAAACUUCGGAAUGUUCAUUCAGGGUCUGCUCGGGGUCGUGGCUUUCAGCCUCUUGAUGCUGAAACGUUUCCGAGAACCAAAGUAUGAGAGGCGACCUUGGAAGAUAUGGUUCUUGGACACCUCCAAGCAGGCUAUUGGGAUGCUCUUUAUCCAUUUUGCCAAUGUUUAUUUAUCUGACCUGACUGAAGAGGACCCAUGUUCAUUGUAUUUGAUUAAUUUCCUGUUGGAUGCUACUCUGGGAAUGCUUCUGAUCUAUGCUGGAGUACGAAUAGUGGGUGUCCUCGUAGAAUGGCGACACUGGGAGUCUCUUCGUUUUGGCGAGUAUGGCGACCCACUGGAGUGCAGUGCCUGGGUUGGACAGUGUGCACUUUACCUGUUAAUUAUGAUGUUGGAGAAGACUGUGGUGAUUGUGGUGUUGCUCUUACCUCAGUGGAAGAAGGUAGCUUUACUCAAUCCAAUCCAGAAUCCACAGUUGGAGCUGGCGAUUGUGAUGCUCAUAGUUCCUUUUUUUGUCAAUGCAUUAAUGUUUUGGGUAGUAGAUAAUUUUCUAAUGAGAAAAGGCAAAACUAAAGCUAAACUGGAAGGAGAGGUUGCAGAAGACGAAUCUAGAAACAGCAACAGGGUCAGAUACAGAAGAGCAGCAUCACACGAGGAGUCUGAGUCUGAGAUCCUCAUUUCAGCAGAUGAUGAGAUGGAUGAAUCUGAAGGUGACGAGGACCUGAGGAGACUGAUGAAUUUAAAGCCUGUUAAAAAGAAGCUGCGAUUUGGGGGCCUCCCCGUAUGACACAGGAUAGUGCUCUGUCUUUCAGAGUUAACAGAACACGUGAAAUCUUUUCCUACUCCAAACUUCGGUAUGAAAAUGGGCUACAUAAAAUGUUGGAGUGGCACAAAGAUCUGAAAGAUGAACAAAAAGAUGAGAUUGCAGUGAUUGUGAAUUUUAUGGUCUCCACUCUCCUCUUUGCACUGAUAUCGAACAUUCCCUAAUCAAAGUUGUCCAUUGUUUGCAAAUGCAAAAUGUACAGGACUGUUGGAUGCUGCAAAACAUUUUUCUUUUAGCACCAGUCAGGCUUUUGUUACCUUUUUUUAAGUUAUUAAAUCUGUCAGUCAGUCUGUUUUUAUGUUUUAUACAAUGCCCAAGAACUGUGAAUCCUCAACUUUCAAAGGUCAUAACCAGCAGCUGUAAUUGUGACACAGCAUGGUCACAGGUUGGAGAUCUGAUCGGUAUGAAAAAUCUCAGCAAUUACUAAAUUGAAAAUACUGUAACAGCUGAAAAAUCCACACUGAGAAAGGGCAAGGCAGCUGUUGGCCUGUUCCAUUCUUUUAUGACUUGUCCAGGCUGUUUCCUUUGGCCCUGCCUCCCUGUUCUCCAUCAUUUCUAGUCAAACCAUGAUAAACAUGCUUUAUUUAUUAUAAAUUUACCUGUGGGACAAAACGAAUGCUACUUUGCAGCAUGGUUUCUUAAUGGGCUAUGAUUCUCAACAGCAACAAAGUAUUCAAUUUCAAAACCAGGUCAUCUCUUUUGAGACUUUACAAAGCUCACUAACAGAGCAUUGAAGGUAUAUGUUGCCUGUCUGUUCUGAUGAAAAACAUUCAACCGUUUAAAACUAUUUCAUAAUGAUGUUUCUAACCCAUACUUGCUCUGACAGGCAAAUAUUAAUUAAUUAAUUGAUGGCAUUAAUGUUUAUUGAGGUUUCAUUUUAAUGUAUUCUUACUGUACCUUUCAAAACAUUUUGGCAACUGUGACAUUAUAAAUAGUAAAAAGCACACAACAUCAGGUUAUAGUCUAACAGGUUUAUUUGGAAGCACUAGCUUUCGGAGCACUGCU